AUGUGCGGUAUCUUCGGUUACAUCAACUACCUGGUGGAGAAGGACAGGAAGUACAUUCUCGACACAUUGAUCAAUGGUCUGCAACGCCUAGAGUACCGUGGUUACGACUCGGCCGGUCGGCAAGGUCGCUUCGCUCAAGAAGCUGGUCGAGGAGCAGAACUUUGA